ACGACUCGCCCUGAGGUUCUCAACACAGGUCGGUCUUGGUCCUCUUGCAUUCCACUUGCCUUUGGUUCAGUUUGAGCUGCAGUUGCCAUAAUGAGACUGGGCGUGCUUCUACUGCUUUCAGUGCUUUGGACGGCACAAGGAUUACCUGCACAUAAAGGUCGCGUCGGAGGACCAGGCGGUCCCCCAGGUUGCGCCAGAGGACCAGGCGGUCCCCCCGGUUGCGCCAGUCCAGCUUUCCAACCAGUGGUAUUUGUACCCGCCUACCUGGCUUCACCAUGCGGCCAUGGAGGUGGUGGAGGCGAUGAGGGAGAUGGUGGUGAUGGAGGGGACCAAGGAGAUGGUGGUGGAAGUGGAAGUGGUACCGGAAGUGGAGGAAGCAGAAGUGGCACCGCAAAUGGAAGUGGAAGCGACAGCGGAAGUGGAAAUGACAGCGGCAGUGAAAGUGGAAGCGGAAGUGGAAUCGGAAGUGGAAGCGAUAGCGGAAGUGGAAGUGGUAGCAGCAGCGAAAUUGGAAGCGGAAAUGGAAGCGACAGCGGAAGUGGAAGUGACAGCGGCAGUGGAAGUGGAAUCGGAAGUGGAAGCGACAUCGGAAGUGGAAGUGGUAGCAGCAGCGAAAUUGGAAGUGGAAGUGGAGUCUCGCCCUAGAAAGGCAACACGGCCACCAAGACGUCCAGGCGACAACUCGGGGAAGCCUCAAGGGCCGGCCUCGGGAGGAUGCCCUCUCGCCCGAACUAACCAUUAGAAAUUUCAUACUGGAAGUCUAUGAUUGCCACUGUCUUUAAAUAGAGGUCAAACCUGGGACUGUUUACAUCCUGAUUCCAUUUUUCUCGGUAUUUGCUUGAAUGUAAUAAGAUAAUGAAGAGCAA